AUGGCGGCCUUGACCAAGGUCGGUGAGAUUAUUCGCUGUGGUUGGCUUCGUUACCUUCCUCAAGAUGACGAAGAAGCCUACGAUGAGUUGAUUCAUCGAGCCGCAACACAGAAAAAGAGAGGGAGUGUAGCCGAUGCAGUGGCCAAAUUUGAGGCUUCCACCAAGGCCGAGACGUCUCUAGCCAAGCAGAAGAAGGAUCAGGAAGAUGAUGAGGAUGAAGACCUUCCACUGGACGCCACAUGCACGCAAAAGGCAAUCUCUGGAGCAACCGUCUUUUUCGGGCUGUUCGGAAGCGGAUCACAGAGUGCUGACACGAAUUCGGCAUCACAAAAUGGAUCCUCGCGAACCAGUUUCCGGGCCGCCCCAUCCAACGAACCCACCUGCCGUGUGUGUCACAAGAAAAUCUUCCCCACGGAUGAAAGCACGUCGUGCCGCAACAAUACCUAUCACACUGGUUGUUUUCGAUGCUCUCAGUGCAACGCGAAACUCAAGAAUCAUCCGGAUGAAGAACAUCGGGAGUUGCCAGAGACAAAGGAAAUGUUCCUGCAGUGCCGGCAGUGCAAGAUUGACACGGAGCAAAAGUGUAAACCGCGACAACUGAGCCGAAAGGCGGGGUCCAAAAUUGUUGUGGAAGACUCUGAGCAGGGGGAUAUCGAGCAAGUAGUGGAUGCAAUCGGAGACGAUCUAGAAGAUGCCUUGUACGGCAUGAUUCCCCGAUGUGCCACCUGUGGCGGCGACUUUCUCACGUACAAGGGUGAAAUAUCCAUUGUGGGCUCACUCAAGUAUCACAAUGAAUGCUUUUUAACGGGAAAGCCGGUUGUGGGGACGGUAUCAUUGACACUUGAGCCUCUCCAAGCAGCCAAGUACUUGCCAGAAAGUAUUAUUCUGAAGCUGUCUUCAAACGAAUCUUGCCGCGUGAUUUCCUCUCUCUUUUUCGUUUGGAAGGACAGGGAGAAGAAACUGAGGUCCAUGAGAACAGAUACAACGCAACGAAGUGAUCACCUGACGGUGACCUUCGACUUGGACGAGAACGCCAGGGCAAAUCCCAACUACAAAGGCGUCAAAAACAGUCCAUCAAAAACAUCGGCCCCUCUUAUGAAGUGCGAGAAGGGGGACCAUUCGGAUUUAACCUUGGAGCUGAUUGGUGGGGAUCAGAUUGCCCCUCAACCGCCUCGAUUGGUAGAACCGGUCACGGUGAUCCCGGGCUACCAAAGAGCAUCUCCCUACCUAAAGGCAACGAUUGGGUAUUCCAAGUAUAACUUGGAUCAUACAAUGAUACUCACUAUACCGUGCAAUUUGAGCGGGAAUGUUUUAGAAUUGCUUGGGGCCACGUUGACUGUGAUCAUUCAAGAACCGGCUCUGUAG